AUGGCUGCCCAUAGCUUGGCAUUAGGACUAUGGCUCCUGCUGCUUCUCCAGGAUGUCCAGACAGCCCCACAGACACCAUUAAGCCCAUCUGGUUCCUGUGAUACACAUGAGAAUUGGUUCUAUGAUGAAAUUUCACGAACCUGCUGUUACCAGUGUCCCUCAGGCUAUGUUAAAAAGAAAGCAUGUCCCAGGGACCCAGAGGAAGACUGUAUGAGAUGUGGACCUGAGCAAUAUGUGAAUGAAGCUUUACAAAGGCCACAAUGUGACGCUUGCGUAUCAUGCGCUAAAGAAUCUGACCUCGUGGAGAAGGAGCCCUGCUCCUUCAACUCCAGCCGUGUGUGCGAGUGCCGCCCAGGCCUCUUCUGUCAAACCCCUGUGAAGAACACCUGCAGCAGAUGCCAGCAGCACACUGUUUGCAAGCCUGGUUUUGGAGUCAAAGUCAGAGGCAACUCCACAACUGAUGUAACCUGUGAAAAGUGUCCUGAUGGAACCUUCUCUGAUCAAAACUCCAGCAUUGACAUCUGCAAGCCCCACACAAACUGUGCCGCCCUAAACAAAGUAGCACUAAGCAAAGGAAAUGCCACACACGAUCAGGUUUGCCUGGACCAACUGCCCACCUUCCUCACCCCAAGCACUUUGUCCAUGAAACCCAACAAUGAAACAAGUAACUCUGACCUAACGAGACUUGAGGAGAACCUGGUGACCAUCACUAGUACUCUUUUAAGUGCCACCACAUCUGAAAACCCCAGUUCGACUCCUGAGGAGAAAGCUCUGGUUGACACUUUUCCUACCUCUGCCAAGGGCAAGAUGACAAUGGGAGGUCUACUUCUUUGGGGAGUGGUUCUCUCGGUGAUAGUGCUACUUGUGGGCAUGCUAUUGUUUUGGAAAUUGAAAUUUUGCAAGAAGCAGAUCCUCAUCCUCGUAAGAAAGCGGUCUGAUCUAGGGAACAAAUGUGAAAAGAUCACACUGACUACUGACAGUGGGCUAGAAGAGAAGGAGUUAAUUGACAGAACCCUCAAUUUGGAAACCAACAAUAACUUGGCUUCCAGCACAGAAAAAGCAUGUACUCCUGAUCUGAGUCUGGCUGAUGUGACACAGAGCAAUGGAAAUGCUCCAGAUUGCCCUAUGGAUUCUCGAGUCAGAGACCACACGAAUAAUCGAAUUGAAACAAUAUGCAUCAUGAACGCCAACACUGUUAUUGUGGGGCCAAUUUCAGAUGGGUCUAGUGGCAAGAACUGUGCUGCUAGAGGACGGGAAAGUAAUGUGGAUGCUCAUGAAACCAUGGAAGAGGAGCUGGCAAUGCACUAUCCAGAGCAGGAAACAGAGUCUUUUCCAGGGAAUGAUAUGAUGGUUCCUGUGGAGGAGGAGGGGAAGGAAUUUCAUCACCCCACCACUGCCACUGAAAAGUGA